GCAGCCUCUGCGGGGUGCAAUGGCGCUGUCGACGCUCAACACCGACGCCAUCCGGCAGACCACCGCGCGCACGCGGGCCGGCGACUUCCUCAUCUUCGUCGGCUCCAAAGGCGGCGCCCACGUCCUCGGCUACCCGGCGUCCGUGAACCGGAACUACCAGGUGCAGCCCGAGUGGCCCCUCAUCGAGGCGCUGCUCAAGAACCGCGUCAAGUGCAAGCGCGCCUUCCUCGGCGACGCCUUCACGGUCUGGGAGUCGCUGGAGUGCGACGACAUGCUCGUCGGCGGCUUCGGCGUCGCGGUCGACGCGCUGCCCGACGCGGCCAAGGCGAUCUUCGUGCCGCACCUCUGCGCGGUGCUCGCGGCGCUCAUCACGCUCGACGCCGAGGACGCGUCGGCGCGCGCGACCCGCCUCAACUCGCUCAACCUCGUCGAGCUCGACCUCCAGCUCCGCGAGCUCCUGCAGCUCCGGCGCAUCGAGAUCACGGCGCUCGGCGGCGCGCCCGCGGCGAUCGGCGACGGCCUCGACCACCUCGCCGGCGCGGGCGCGGCGCCCCAGGACGGCGGCGACGGCGGCGGCCAGGGCGGCCACGGCGGCCACGGCGGCCAGGGCGGCCAGGGCGGCCACGGCGGCGGCGGCGGCGGCGGAGGCGGCGGCGGCGGCGGCGGCGCGCGCAAGGGCGGCGGCGGCGGCGGCGGCGGCGGCGGCGGCGGCGGCGGCGCCCCGGCCGCCAAGCGCCCCCGCCGCUAGGCGGCCCCAAGAACACCCGCGCGCGCGCGGACCAAACCGCGCGACCCGCGCGACCCGCGCGACCCUCAGGGCUCCCGCGACCUCCAAGAAAUAAGAACUCGUGUGCUGUG